CACUACGAAUUAAGUGAAUUGUAAAAAAUGCCAAAAUCUUCAAAGAAAGUUACGCUAGAUACGAAAAUAUAUAAUGCAGCCCUUCAAGCUGAUGAUCAAACAUUACCAAAUACAGAACUUACGGAGAAGUUAUUCACCGAUUUUGAUGUCACUGAGAAGCUAGAAGCUAUCAAUAAACUGUUGAAGAAGAAUCUUCUCCAACUUGUUAAUCUCAGUACCGGUGGUACUGGUUACAAGGCAGUUAGUAAGGAAUCAGCGAAGAAAUACAAAGAAAUGGAUAGUGAUGAGCAGUUGGCAUAUCAAUAUAUUGAUGCAGCAGGUAACGAGGGUAUAUGGACGAAGACACUCAAAAUGAAGACAAAUCUACACCAGACUGUCGUUAAUAGAGUACUUAAAUCUUUAGAAUCAAGGGGUAGUAUAAAAGCCGUCAAAUCAGUGAAACAUCCAACUAGAAAGAUAUACAUGUUGGCCUCAAUAAGUCCCUCUGUAGAGUUAACAGGUGGUCCUUGGUAUACCGAUAACGAAUUAGACACAGAAUUCGUCGGUCAAUUAAAAUCAGCUGUUUUGUCAUACGUUCGAGGCUGCACAUAUCCGAAGAUAAAGGAUAACAUUAAACCCAUCUAUGCGAUAUCGAAAGUUGAUUAUCCAAACGUAAGGAAGGUACACAAAUGGUUAUCAAAAUCAGGUCUUACACAGGUAGAAUUAGGACUGGAACAUAUUCAAUCUCUCUUGGAAGUUUUGAUGUUCGAUGGUGAAGUUGAAAGGUUACCUGCAUUAAGAGCUUCAUUUAGCAGUGAUGAUGAAGAUUACAGUGAGAGCGAAUCAUCAAGUUCGAGCGAUAGCGAUAGUAAUUCUAGAAAGAAAAGGAAGAAGAACAAGCAGUCUAAAUCUAAAUCUAAAUCUAGAUCGAAAUCCAAGUCCAAAUCUAAAUCCAAAUCUAGAAAGAAAUCGAAACGUCGUGACAGCAGUGAUAGCGAAAGUAGUGAAAGUGAAUCUGAAAGUGAGUCUUCCGAUGACGACAGGCGUAAAAAGAAAAAGUCCAAGAGUCGGAGCAAAAGCAAAAGCAGAAGUAGAAGCAGGAGUAGAAGUAAGAGCAAGAAACAUUCCGAUAGUGACGAUGAUAGUGCGAGUGAGAGUGAAAGUGAUAGUGAAAGCGAGAGCGAAGAAGAUUCAAAGAAGAAAAAGAAGAAAGAAAGUAAAGCAAUAGACUCAACUGACAGUGAGAAUGAAAAAGAAAAGAAAAAGGAUGACAGCAGCAGCAGCGAAGAAGAUACCAAGAAAAAGAAGAAAAAGAAGAAGACAAAGUCCAAAAAAUCGAAAAAGGAGUCCAGCUCAGAAGAGGAAGAUGAAGAUUUAGUCUCAGUCGGUGGUGAUUCAGAAGAUGAACGCAAAUUGGAAGAUAAAAUGUCGGAUCCAUACUCUAGCAGUGUAUAUAGAGCUAUUAAGAAUACAGACAGUGAUGAUGUUGGCCCUGUUGUAGGUUGGACUGAAGCGCCUUGCGGUCGUUGCCCAGUAUUCGAAUUCUGCUCGCAAGGGGGCCCUACUAACGCCAGUCAAUGCAAAUACUUCGACACUUGGUUACAAGGUGAAGUUGAUGAAGACAUGGAAGAGUAAUUGUACGUAACAUAUACUUGAUAGUGUUAUUC